AUGAUGAUUGAAAACUGCAUGGACAAACAAAAGAUUGAGAGUUUUACAUUUAAGGACAAAAAAGUUCUUUACUCAGUCAGUGUUCACACGGGAAUAUUACCUGCAUCAGGAACAGAUACAGAUGUCUUUAUCACAAUAUUUGGAGAGAAUGGAGACACCAGCAAAAGAAAACUUAGGCAUUCAAGGUCACAUGCAAGUUUUGAAAGAGGUCAGGUUAAUAGCUUCAGUGUGAGAGCUGCUGACCUCGGAAUGUUAAUCAAAGUGCUAGUUGAACACAAUAGUAUUGGUUAUGGAGCUGGAUGGUACUUGGACCAAAUAACCCUACAUGAAUCAGAUGAGAGUGAUUGCCAAUAUGUAUUCUCAUGCCAGCAAUGGUUAGACAGUGGAGUUGGUGAUGGACGGCUGGAACGAGAGAUGAGACUUCUUGGAAAAGUAAGAAAUGAGAGAUUGGCAGGAAAUAUUCAAGGGACUUGGGAUAUCAUUGUUACAACUAGUGAUGCUUCAUGCAUGAGCCCUAAAAUGGCUUUAACUGUUUGUGGUGAAAAUGGCGCAAGUAUACCAGUCUUAUUUCCCAAAGGAUCCCUUAAGGCUGAGAUUUGUCAGAUGUCAGUGGAACUUGGUAAGAAAUUUACUGCUAUUUGCAAAGUUCGCUUGGAAAUAGAAGAUGGCAGAAAUGGAGAGAACUGGUAUUGUCGUGAGGUGAAACUUCAACACAGAAAAAGUAAAGAAAUUCUAGAAUUUCCAUUUCUUCGGAACUUUGGAAAUGCUGAAGGAUGCACAGUGGCUGAGCUUCCUGUUCUCACACGUGGUUUUCACUUUCUAAUAGUAAAAGAGUAUGUUCUGUACAUUACUACAGCUGCAUCCCUGGAGUCAGGAACAGAUGCUGAUGUGUAUGUCACUCUAAGAGGGCUCUUGGGAGACACAGGAAGAAGAAAAUUAACAAGGAAAGGAGAGGCUCUUUUCACCAAAGGAAAGGUGGAUGUUUUCCGUGUGGAAGCAGUAGAUAUUGGCUCUCUUCAAGAGCUGGUUAUAGAGAAAGGAAAAGGCUCUGACUGGCAACUGGAGAAGAUUAUUGUGUAUGACUCAACGUUUCUUGGGACAACGACACAGUUUAUGGCUCAAACAUGGCUAAAAGAUGGGAAAAAAUCUGCCUCAGUAACUCUAAAAGCUACAGUAGACAUUCAGGAGAGGAGGAGCACAGCUGCCUUGCCAUUAAAAAACCAGCAAAUGAAAUCAGAUGGCACAUGGAGAAUUUAUUUCACAAAACUCAGUGAAGAAACAACAGAAGAAUUUGAAAAGUCAGUGAAAAAUAUUUCUAAAUUGGUCAUGGUUGUUUAUGGAAGCAAGGGCAAGUCAAACCCAAUUUCCAUGGAAAACAAAGUACAACAUCAAACUGAGGAUCAAGUAACAUAUGAUGUAUAUUUCUCAUCUGACUUAGGGAUGCUUUAUAAAGUGAGAUUUGGUCUUCAGAGUUUGGGAAAUAACACAUCCCAGUUGUCUCUUCAUCACUUUAAAAUGCAGAACACAGCAAGCCUGGAUACCUUUAGUCUCUCUAUAAAUAAAACACUUUCUUCUUCUCUUAAUGGAGACAGAUGGAUUGAGCUCCCUGUAGAGUGGCCAUUAAAAGCAGCACUUUCAGUGAUUACAUAUCACAUAACAGUGUUUGCCAGUAAUACUUUGAACAAGAGGAAUGUAGAACUGGUGACUGUGUGUGUGUAUGGAACCAAUGGUGACACAGGAGACAGACCCCUUCGCUGGCCAUGUCAGAAUCCUCUGCAAGGAGAAGACAAUGAGUCAUUUACAGCUCAGAUGGAUGCUGUUGACCUGGGAGAACUGCAUAAAGUCGUCCUCUUUAUCAGCAGCAAAACAAACUGCAACCUAGAUGUUAAAUCUUUACAUUUGAAGGAAGCACUAAAACAGGAACCUGUCUACAUAUUUGAAGUGAAUGAAGUGUUCUCUGUGGAUCCCCAUGCACCUAAAAUAAGAAGAGAGAUUCCAAUAUCUUUUGUUAGCAAGGAAGGAAUUGUACCCAAAAAUUACAUACAUCACACUCUAAAUAAGGAAAAAAGACCCUCAGAAAUUCUGGCAGAAUACAUAAUUAAAGUGUAUACAGGUGACAAGAAGGGAGCAGGAACAGAUGCCAACGUGCAUGUAAUUUUAUUUGGGGAUAAGGACUCAUCGGAAUUAAUUCAACUCACUAACUCACUGGAACAUAAAGAUCCUUUUGAAAGAGGAAAGUCUGACACCUUCAGGAUUAAGACAAAGAGUUUAGGAAACCUGCAUUCAAUUGAAAUUGGCCAUGAUGGGAAAGGAUUUGCAAGUGGCUGGUUUCUGGAAAAAGUAGAAAUCAUAGAUGCAUCUACAAAUGAAGUAUAUUGUUUCAACUGCAGAAGGUGGCUUGCUGAGGAUGAAAAUGAUGGACUCACUGUAGUGCAGCUUUAUACAUAGCUGUUUUCUAGGAUGCACAGUGAAUAUGCUGCUGCUUCAGAUUCAUGCUGAUUUGAUUUAUUUGUAUUUUAUAAUUAUGAAGGUACUGUAAUUAUUAUGUAGAAAUGUCAAAACACUAGAUUAACAACAGCAGCAGAUAUUGAACCGACCUAAUGUGAACACCCUUCUAGGAAUUCUUAACAGUUUGGCGCAAAUUAACUGUAAACAAAGCAGAAAUUUAGAGCUGUACCAUGGCUUUCAGAGUUUGAUAUGUGCCUUCACAGGAUGGAGUAUAUAUCGUAGCAUUUAUAAAAAUCAUUUUUUCUUGGUGAUUUGUGUGUGUGAAUCAUAGUUAAUACUUGUGUGAAAUCUGCUUCAGGAUUGAUAUUUAUUAAGAUUUGUAUUUUCUCAAGAUCACUUUUUAAACAAACCCAUAUGCCUCUUUCACCCCACCAUGCAUGCAACGUCUCAUAACUGCAGCUACAAAACUAACUGUGGGAAAAUGAUCUUUUUGGAUCUAUCUUCACUGAAGAAUUUGCCCCAUUAUUUCUCCCAUUUACAUUUGACACAUAACCUUUUGAAGAAUACUGAUCCAGGAACCUUUAGAUCUCACUGCUCUACCUACUCAGAAUCUUACAAGAGAAUUUCCAUGUGCUGUCAUUUAGUCAUAGCCAUUUCUGGCUCUUAAUUUCUGUCAGAGAAAAGCCUUUAUACCUUCCCUUUCCCACUACUCUGAAUUACAACAUACUCAAAAUAAUAAAUGCAUUUAUGACUGAAUACAUUGUUAUUUAUGAACUCCUCUCUGUUUAUAUUGGUUUUACCAGUGUGGGUGCUUGAAGUGUCCAUAGAAGAGAAGGGCCUCAAACAAAAUUAUGAAAUGAACGCUCCUUGAAAAUUGAUAGUAAACAUAAGAAUACAAACCCAGUUCUAGAUGUGAAGUUUGCAAGGGUGUCCCUCUCUUUUUGAAGAUCAACCCCAAAUCCUGGAUCUAAAUACUCCUAAACUUUGGGUAGGUCGGCCCUGCCACUGGGAGUGUGCUUCUCAGUAUGGAUAGACAGACAUUCUACAUCUGCUUGAGCUAGCACAUUAAAAAUAGCAGCGUAACCAGUGGUACCACAGGCAGUGGCUCAGGCUAGCCACCCAACCAAGCAUCAGGGAGUGGAUUUGUAUUCAGGCAGCUAGUCCUGGCUGCUGCCCAUGCUACCCUCACCUAUGCUUCUAUUUUUAGCGUCCUAGCUCCAGAAGAGCUAGUGCAUGUCAUAGAAUCAUAGAAUCAUAGAAUAAUAGGACUGGAAGGGACUUCAAGAGGUCAUCGAGUCCAGCCCCCCGCCCUCAAGGCAGGA